AUGGAAAUGCCAGAAUCACAACGUUCUGGUAACCCUCGGGGCAUCCCACUCGUCUGGCUUUGUGAUAACUUUCUUAAUUUAUCUAGCUUCGCCAAUGAGGAGACGAGAAAAAGACAUCUGUUUGCAUAUUUGUUGUGGCUCCUCGGGAAUCUAUUUCCAAAUUCACAUGGGGACGUUGUUGUCCCUGGUCUCAUCUACAUUGCAGAGAAUAUGGUAGAUGAACCUUUACCCGAGCAGCCAAAAUACAGCUUCGGUUCUGCCAUGCUAUCUCAUACAUACAGAGGCUUGUGUGAUGCCACGCAAAAAACCUCUUUCGCACAAAAAGCUCCAUUACUUUGUGUCGCCUAUGAGUUUCUACAGUUGUGGUCCUGGGAAUACCUCCCUGUAGGACGACCUCGUAUAGUACAACCCAUAUACCCAUAUGACUUUGGCGAGGGUGCUAGCGCAACUAUGGCCACCAGGUGGACAAAGGCACGGAAACGUUGGUCUCCAGAUAUUGCGAAAAAUUGUUACCCUAUGUACCACCAGCAGUUUGAGAUACUUGAUGAGGCAGAAGUCACAUGGAACCCGUGGACUCAGGACCAGCUAAAAUUGGUCUUUGAUGCUCGACACUUCACACCAGGCAUGUUGACCGAUAGUGCAUUCUGGCUGACUCGCUGCAACUUAUUGUUCCUGUGGUGUGUUGAACCUUACAACCCAGAGCGUGUAAUGAGACAGUUCGGUCUCUAUCAAGAAAUUCCACCACCUUUUCCCAGACGUAUCGAUGAGGAAACACAUAAGCUAACCAAUAUGGGCAGGGGUUGGAGUUUAUACGAUUGGAGGGAAGAGAACAGUGAAUGGGUACACAAGUGGACAAAUGAAGCGCUAGCAGAUAUAGUGCGUGAACUUAGGCCGUACGAUGGAAGUACAGAUCAAGCGUACAAGCAGUGGUACUGCAUGAACACACGUGCUAGCCUGGCCAGUCAGCCAGCUACUAUACCAACACAUCUCACACAAGAGGAGCAGGCGCGGAGACAUGUUGAGCUGCAUGCAGCUUACUAUCGUGACCACCUGGACACACCUGAUGUUAAUUGGGGCGAUGAGAACACCCAACGCGGCGUCAACACAGGCCUCCGGGGAGCAUCACAUGAUCAUGGCAAAGAGCGAAAUUUGUAUCGGAAUCAGCGCCGUGAGUCACGGAAUCAGUGUCGUUUUCCCGCGCAUGCAAAGAUGCCGCCAGCAACAGUGCACCUCGCCUUCCGUGCAGUCAGCGUGCAGCAGCAGCUCUUUUUUGUCGGCAGGGGUGCCGCCUCACCCAGUGGCGGCGGGGCCCACUGGCGGGGCCCGCUCUCAGCAGGGCCUGUCGGCCAGGCACCGACCGCGCCAGGGUAG